AGGAUACGGCACAUGGCAUCACUGAACAACUCCUCCACAGCUUCAAUCACCGAAUUCCUCUUCGUCUGCUUCCCUAACUUCCAGAGUUGGCAGCAAUGGUUGUCCCUGCCCCUCAGUCUGCUCUUCUUCUUGGCCAUGGGGGCGAAUGCCACCCUCCUGAUCACCACCCGGCUGGAGGCCUCCCUGCACGAGCCCAUGUACUACCUGCUCAGCCUCCUCUCCCUGCUGGACAUUGUGCUCUGCCUCACUGUCAUCCCCAAGCUCUUGGACAUUUUCUGGUUUGACAAUAAGUCUAUCAGUUUCCCUGCCUGCUUUCUCCAGAUGUUCAUUAUGAACAGUUUCUUGACCAUGGAAUCUUGCACAUUUAUGGUCAUGGCCUGUGACCGCUACGUAGCCAUCUGCCAUCCCCUGCGAUAUCCAUCCAUCAUCACUGACCAGUUUGUGGCUAGGGCUGCCAUCUUCAUUGUGGCACGAAAUGGCUUUCUUACUAUGCCUAUCCCCAUACUUUCUUCCCAACUCAGAUACUGUGCAAAAAACAUUAUCAAGAACUGCAUCUGUACCAAUAUGUCUGUAUCUAAACUUUCCUGUGAUGAUGCCACCUUCAAUCAACUUUAUCAGUUUGUGGUAGGUUGGACCCUCCUGGGCUCUGACCUCAUCCUUAUUCUUCUCUCCUAUUCCUUUAUCUUGAAAGCUGUGCUUAGAUUCAGGGCUGAGGGAGCUAUGGCCAAAUCUCUAGGCACUUGUGGUUCCCACUUCAUCCUCAUCCUUUUCUUCAGCACAGUCUUACUGGUUUUGGUCAUCACUAACCUGGCCAGAAAGAGUAUUCCCCCAAAUGUCCCCAUUCUGCUCAACAUUCUGCACCAUCUCAUACCUCCAGCUCUGAAUCCCAUUAUUUAUGGUGUGAGAACCAAGGAGAUCAAGCAGGGAAUCCAAAAAUUGCUAAGAAGUUUGUAA